AUGGCUACAAUUCUUUUAUCUUUAAACACUAACGCUCUCCUUCCUUUCCAAGCAACAACAAGAAGCAAAACAACACUGAAAAACCUCCAUUUCUCUAACAAAUUCCCCCUCUCUUCUCCUUUUAAUUACAAACAUGCCACUAGACUUCACCUCCGCUGCCGAGCCACCACCGGCACUCCUUCCACCGCCGAUUUCGACAUCGUUGUCGGCCAAGACCGCCUUCGGAAAGUUCCGAUUAAAAAUAUUAGGAAUUUCUGUAUUAUAGCUCAUAUUGAUCAUGGAAAAUCAACGUUAGCUGAUAAAUUGCUGCAAAUGACUGGUACUGUACAGAAGAGAGAAAUGAAGGAGCAGUUUUUGGAUAGUAUGGAUUUGGAGAGAGAACGAGGCAUCACAAUUAAGCUUCAGGCGGCACGAAUGCGAUAUGUGUAUGAAAACGAACCGUAUUGCUUGAACUUAAUUGAUACUCCUGGUCAUGUUGAUUUCUCUUACGAGGUUUCGCGUUCUCUUGCUGCUUGUGAGGGUGCUUUGCUUGUUGUUGAUGCCUCUCAGGGGGUGGAAGCACAAACUUUGGCUAAUGUCUAUUUGGCCUUGGAAAGCAACCUAGAAAUCAUCCCUGUUUUAAACAAAAUAGACCUUCCAGGUGCGGAACCAGAUCAAGUUUGCAAGGAGAUCGAAGAGGUUAUUGGUUUAGAUUGUAGCAAUGCAAUACACUGCUCUGCAAAGGAGGGAAGAGGUAUAACUGAAAUUCUGAAUGCAAUUGUCGAGCGGAUCCCACCACCCCAUGAUACUGCUGAAAUGCCUUUGAGGGCCCUAAUAUUUGAUAGUUAUUAUGAUCCAUAUCGUGGUGUUAUUGUGUAUUUUCGAGUCAUAGAUGGGAAAAUAAAGAAAGGUGACAGAAUUUAUUUUAUGGCCAGUGGAAAGGACUAUUUUGCUGAUGAAAUUGGAGUUCUAUCUCCCAAUCAGAUGCAAGUGGAAGAAUUGUAUGCGGGUGAGGUAGGCUACCUUUCUGCUUCUAUCAAAUCAGUAGCAGAUUCCAGGGUGGGUGACACUAUUACUCACUAUAGUAGAAAGGCGGAACAAUCACUGCCUGGAUAUGAGGAAGCCACCCCGAUGGUGUUCUGCGGCCUGUUUCCGGUUGAUGCAGACCAAUUUUCUGAGUUGCGUGAUGCAUUGGAAAAACUGCAACUUAAUGAUGCUGCAUUGAAGUUUGAGCCUGAAACAUCAAAUGCCAUGGGUUUUGGCUUUAGGUGUGGAUUCUUAGGUCUUCUCCACAUGGAAAUUGUUCAGGAAAGGCUGGAGAGAGAAUACAAUCUAAGCCUAAUAACUACUGCUCCAAGUGUGGUAUACAGAGUGAACUGCGUGGAUGGUGAUACUGUUGAGUGCUCAAAUCCAUCUUUACUUCCGGAACCUGGGAAAAGGCGAUCAAUUGAGGAACCAUUUGUAAAGAUCGAAAUGCUUACACCGAAAGACUACAUUGGCACUCUUAUGGAGCUGGCUCAAGAAAGGAGAGGAGAGUUUAAAGAAAUGAAAUAUAUCACUGAGAAUAGAGCAUCACUCACGUAUGAAUUACCCCUAGCUGAGAUGGUAGGCGAUUUCUUUGAUCAGCUUAAGUCCAGAAGUAAGGGAUAUGCUAGCUUGGAGUACACAUUUUUUGGGUACAAGGAAAGUGAUUUAAUAAGGCUUGACAUUCAAAUCAACGGUGACCCUGUUGGACCAUUAGCAACUAUUGUGCACAAGGAUAAGGAGAAAACGAUGGAGGUGAUCUCUAAAAAGAAGAAUUCUCAGUUGCAUGCUUCUUCAAAAAUAUGGGGGAUGCAUUUGUAUGGUGCACUCCUGUUAAGUGAAAUCCUUGUGUACAUGUUUGAAUUUUUUCGCUUUAAAUGCGGGAUUGAUGAAUGGAGUAGUGGGAGUAACAUAAGAUAUCCAAGAAUGAGAAGAUUUGAAUGCCUUAAGGUCAAAAUUGAGACAUUGUCUAUUAUAGGUUCUUAUGUUGAGCUAAAUGCUUUGUUACCUGUCAUAACUUAUGUUGGAUGCGCUUCUUUUCAGGCAUAUUCUGUCGGGAGGGCUUUGACCCAGAAGUUGAAGGAGCUUAUACCACGGCAAAUGUUCAAAGUACCCAUUCAAGCAUGCAUAGGUGCAAAAGUCAUUGCUAGUGAAUCUUUAUCAGCGAUUAGAAAGGAUGUGUUGGCCAAAUGCUAUGGUGGCGACGUUACAAGGAAGAAGAAAUUGCUCAGGAAACAGGCUGAAGGGAAGAAAAGAAUGAAGGCAAUAGGUAAGGUUGAUGUUCCUCAAGAAGCCUUCAUGGCUGUGUUGAAACUUGAAAAGGAAGUAUUGUAA